UAUUUAAAGACACCGCACAGGUAUUUAAUCACAGGACUAGACCGAAGGUCGAAAGAACGGGGAGGCCAUGUUGGAUUUACAGUAAACGGCUUGUGUAAUCCCGACAUCAGAAAUGCAUCCCCGGCGCAGUGCCCAGGACAUCCUACUGUGUGACCUCUGUAAAACUGCCCCCCUACAGAGUCACUGUAAACUUUGUCAUAUAAAUCUCUGUGUUAUCUGUGUCGGUAAACAUCUCUCCGAUUCCUCUAAAGAUCACAAUGUCGUGCCCUUUAUAAAACACAUCAAGUCUACCCCUAACUACCCAAAAUGCCAGAAACACGCCGAAAAACAUUGUGAAAUGUUCUGUGAGAAAUGUGACAUUCCUGUCUGUUCUACCUGCAUCUCCUCAGAUAAACACAGAGGCCACAAAAUAUCAGAUGUUCUGGAAAAACUCGGAUCUAAAACAGAAAGUUUACAAAAAGAUUUAGAGGAACUCGAGUCCAGAAUUUAUCCCCGAUAUGAAGAAAUGGCGUCCGAUGUCCAAACUGAGAAAGCCGAGUUAGAAACUAAAUACGGGAAAAUGACAACAGCCGCCGAUCAACAAGGAGAAAUCUUACACCGGGAGAUUACCGCCAUUGUCAACAAGAGGAAAUCCGACAUUGCGGAGAUGAAAAACAAACACCUGGCCGCUCUCAAUAAAAAUACAGAUGAAAUUACAAACCGAAUUACAGAACUCAGACAGAUCAUUCAGGACCUGAAGAAAAUACUGGACUCCAAUGACGUCUCCUUAACCUCAUCUUACAAAUCUAGGAAUUCCGAAUUUAGAACAUUACCGCCUAAAGUCCGAGUCACAUUACCGAGUUUCUCUGCUCAGAAAAUAAACAAAGAUCAGCUCAAUGAAAUGUUCGGUUCUCUGUCGCCAUUAUCCAUUAACACAGAACAUGGCGACACAAUGAAGUCAGCAGAAGCUGUAUCGUCUCCUCCAGUCAAACCAUUACUUGAUGAGCCGCGCCUCACCGCCACCAUAGACACUGGGUAUAGACCAUACAGUGUUAGCUGUCUGAGUGAAGAUCAAGUCUGGACAUGCUGGGAUAGCAAAACCAUGAAGCUCCUCAACCUCCGGGGUAAACUACUGACAUCAAUAAAAACCAAGUCAGGGAAGUGGCCACAGGACAUAGCAGUGACACGGGACGGAGAUCUUGUUUAUACUGACACUAAUAAUAACACCGUGAACUUAAUUAAGAAUAAACAGAUACAGACCGUGAUCACACUACAGGGGUGGGUACCUCUCAAUGUCUGCUGUACCGCCUCUAACCAUCUCCUGGUUACCAUGAUCAGUGAUGAUGGAAAACAAUCCAAAGUCGUGCGUUACUCCGGCUCCACAGAGAAACAAAGCAUUCAGUUUGAUGAUCAGGGUCGUCCUCUCUACUCAUCUGGUGGUAAUAAAUACCUCAGUGAGAACAAGAACCUGGAUAUCUGUGUGGCUGACAAUAAAGCUAGAGCAGUAGUGGUGGUCAAUCAGUCAGGAAAACUCCGAUUUAGAUACACUGGUCAUCCCUCUAAUACCAAGCAAUCAUUUUAUCCAUUCGGCAUCACUACAGACAGCCAGAGUCACAUCCUGACAGCAGACUAUGACAAUAACCGUAUCCACAUCCUAGAUCAGGACGGACAGUUCCUCCGCUACAUUCACUGUGAUUUACUCUGGCCAUGGGGUUUAUGUGUGGACAUCAGAGACAACCUCUUUGUGGCUAAUGGAGAUAAUAAAGUGAAGAAAAUUCAAUAUCUAUAAACACAGUGUUAAUUACAGAUCUCAGCACGGUGUUAAUUACAGCUCUACACAGUGUUAAUUACAUUUCUAAACACAGUGUAAUUUACAGCCUUGUGUUAAUUACAGUGCCAUGUUAAUUACAGUUCUGUGUUAAUUACAGUUCCUUGUUAAUUACAGCCCUGAGUUUGUGAUGUGUAAUUAACAUGUUCUUGUGUUUGUGUGUGUAAGGAUAGAACACUAGUCUCUCACUGCUGUUUAGUAAUUCUACCUUACAAUAUCUGUAUUAUAAUUAAUGAGACACUGUUAAUCUUAGUAUACUAAUUACAUGUACUUAUCUAUUGACACAGUAGUUGUGUUCUUGUGUUGGUGUGUGUAAGGAUAGAACACUAGUCUCUCACUGCUGUUUAGUAAUUAUACCUUACAAUAUCUGUAUUAUAAUUAAUGAGACACUGUUAAUCUUAGUAUACUAAUUACAUGUACUUAUCUAUUGACACAGUAGUUGUGUUCUUGUGUUUGUGUGUGUAAGGAUAGAACAUUAGUCUCUCACUGCUGUUUAGUAAUUAUAUCUUACAAUAUCUGUAUUAUAAUUAAUGAGACACUGUUAAUCUUAGUAUACUAAUUACAUGUACUUAUCUAUCGACACAGUAGCUGUGUACUUGUGUUUGUGUGUGUAAGGAUAGAACACUAGUCUCUCACUGCUGUUUAGUAAUUAUACCUUACAAUAUCUGUAUUAUAAUCAAUGAAACCUGAUUAAAGUUAGCAUACUAAUUACUAAUUUAAAGGUGUUACGAGUUAUAUAUCCAUAUACAAUCUUUUGAACACAACACUUUAUACAAUUUAAUAAAAGAAAAUCAAUUAUUGUGAUGUACUAAGAAAUUCUAUUUAGUGUGUAGCCUUGAAUUAUAGUACAUCCACUAGUGAGUACUUACAUGUACCAUUACUUGUUUUUGUGUGAUGAACAGCUAACAGAACAUUAUUUUGGGAAUUAUUGUAUUCAUUAUCUGUAUUAUAUAACUGUGUAUAUAUAAACAUUAUUUAGA